AUGGAGCAAGAGCAUCCUCUAGCCUGGUCAGAUAUGACCAACCCGGGCGAUGACGAAUUCUCCAACUUCCUCGAGUUUGGCAUGCAGUUCCCUGAUGUGGAGGGGCAUGGGCCAAGUGACCCUCACGCUUCCCGGCCUCUUGCCCACCCGGCCUCCAUGUCGAUGCCCGCCACAACAGCACCUGCGCAGGAGCAAUUGGUCCGCAUGGAUACCGAUACUGUUACCACCCAGUCGCCGUCGUACGCCCACCUCAUGAACAAUGAUUUCUCUCUCGACCUCUCCAACCAUGGGCAGCAGGUCCAGCCGCAUCCCUCGUCAUACUCGAAUGCCCCAGUCACCCCGGCAUUCUACGCGCACAAGCCCCCGCAGCCCCAGUACUUUCACCCUCAACAGCAGCACCAACCGAUGCAGGAACAGUCACACCAGAUGUCCCACCACUCGCACCCGACGACACAGGCUUACGUUCCUCAUGGUCAGACUGUGAUACCACCCACCCCUAACAGUAUCGAGCUCCAGGGAAGUGCCGCUACGCACUCUCACCGGACUGAUGACGGUCAUGAGAUGUACGAGCGGUUCACUCGAAUGAAUGACGAACAGGCCCUUUACACCCCCCUGGUCUCACCUGCCAUGACCCCAUUGGAAAGUCAAUUCCGCUUCCCUGAAUACACCAUCCCUGGAGAGUACUUCACCCCUCUCACCUCGCCGGCUCUCGAAGCUCACACUUCCAAUCCCACUGGUUACCCCUUCCACACCGGCCAAAUCUCUGAAAUUGGAUUCGUGCCCUCCCCAGCCGAUAAUGCACUCCCAAUGUCGUCAGCCCCCUCCUCGCCGGGUCUGAUGCGGAAACAUCGGCGCCAGCCUUCAAACACCAAGUCCUUCUCCGCUCGCGCUAAAAAGCAACAAUCGCCUUCAGUUCGGCCCCAGGCACGGAAAAAAUCACUUUUGAACAUCAACUCGGAUGAGGUCUUGAAUAGUCUAAGCCAGGACCAGGGAAGUAGCAAAUCGCGCAGCUCCGGUGGUAGUGGUCUCCGCUACGGGAGUAACGAGAGCUCUGGGCAGGAUUCCGUCUCUCCAGAGCCUCUAUCUGAACCAUUGAUGCCGCCACCUGCUCUUCCUCCGUCCCGCAAGUCUCCCGCGAUUGCCCCCCAGACUACUCAGGUGUCGCAAGCCAAUGAACCCGCAACCCCGGCUUUGCUGAUGCGCAUCCAACAGUCCCCACACAGCAACGCCUCUACUGGUCCGAUGGCAACUGUGUCCAGGCCUGCUCCCUCUGAGCCACAUGACGAUAUUAUGGAAGAUGUUGUCCUUCCAGAAUCAGCUACCUCAUAUGGAUCAGUCUCGAGACCUCCAGUGAGCCGCAUUGACACCACGGUACGGGCGGACUCGACCUCUUCAACUACUACGCCAGGAAGCGCUACCCCUGCCAUGGAGCCCAAGUCUGCCCCAGUGGUCAACAGACCUUCCAAUUCUAUCGCACCCAGCCCCCGUUCUUUGGCCAUGCCCUCCCCUAGCGGACCGGUGCCCAAGAAGUCUGAUACUCCGAAAUUAGGGCCUCUAGGCCGAAAGCGGCAGAGUCUCAGCUCGUCUCAGCCUAGCCCUAAUCUACGUCCCAAGAUAAGCCCCAGUAUACAACCAUUGGUGCGCGGUGAUGGAGGGAUUACAAGCGAAACUUCAGCCCUGUACCUUGCGUCAAAGUCGAACUAUCAGCAUAUCCUAGAUGGCACUCUUUUGCCUGGCGUCUCCUACCCUGAAACCUUGGCCGAGAAUCUGAGCUCAAAGCGGACAAAUCAUAAACUCGCAGAACAGGGACGGAGGAAUCGCAUCAACAAUGCGCUCAAAGAGAUUGAGACCCUUAUCCCGGCAUCAUUCGUUCAGAUAAAGCAUGCUAAAGAAGCUGCAAUCUGCAACGCCAAGGGAGGGGAAAAAGAGAAGGAGAAGGAGAAGGAGAAGGAAAAGGCUGGAAACCAACCUAUCAGCAAGGCCAGCACUGUGGAGAUGGCUAUUGAUUAUAUCAAAGCAUUACAACAGGAACUGGAAGAAACAAAGGGCAAAUUAGCAGCCGCUGAAGAGCGCCUGGGGGAAGGAAAGGGGCCGGCAAAGCGUGAUGACAACACGACGAACCCUGAAAACGGGAAAGAAGCAAAUGCCGUUGAUACGGAAUCGGCAGCCACCAGUGUCGAGAUAGGCCCCUCUCCAUAG